GGAAGCUGUGUGGGAUGUAGUGAAGCAGAGCAGACUUGACAGUGUUGAUGAUGCUGAGGAGAGAGCAGCAUCCUCCUCCUCCGCGGCAGGUCUCCACGCAGGCAGGCCGUGUGUUUAGAUAGAUGUGAUGUUAGAAAGAGGAGCUUUAUCAUCAUCAUUGUUAUAGUUCACACGGUGAUCUCCAGGAAACCCUGAGGGCUCAGUGAUGGUGGAUUUGUCCCAGAGUGCUGCAGUGUCGCCCGGACACAGCAGCAGACACGGACAGGGCUCCGGUAACAACGGGAAGAAAACGUCGAAAAAGUCGCGAACGAGAAGAGGCAAGCGAGGCAGGAAGAGAAGGAAUAAAAAGAACAACAGGAACAACAAAACACCACCACCGUAUUUCCCUCCGGAGGCUGAAGAAGGAAACAUUGAGUACAAGUUGAAGCUGGUUAAUCCCACCCAGUAUCGCUUCGAGCAUCUGGCCACACAGCUGAAGUGGCGUCUGCAGGAGGGCCGCGGUGAGGCCGUCUACCAGAUCGGAGUGGAAGACAACGGCCUGCUGGUCGGCCUGACCGAUGCCGACAUGAAGGCCUCGCUCAAGACCUUAAAGAGGAUGGCAGAGAAAGUCGGUGCCGACAUCACUCUCCUCCGAGAGAGGGAGGUGGACUACGACUUGGACAGAAACGCCCGCAAAAUCGCAGAAGUCCUAGUUCGAAAAGUUCCUGAUGAUCAGCAGUUCCUGGACCUGCGGGUGGCGGUUCUGGGGAACGUGGACUCGGGGAAGUCGACCCUGCUGGGCGUCCUGACGCAGGGCGAGCUGGACAACGGGCGAGGCCGUGCACGGCUAAACCUCUUCAGACAUCUGCACGAGAUCCAGACCGGACGCACCUCCAGCAUCAGCUUCGAGAUCCUGGGCUUCAACAGCAAAGGAGAGGUUGUGAACUACAGCGAGUCUCGAACAGCUGAGGAGAUCUGUGAGAGCUCCUCCAAGAUGAUCACCUUCAUCGAUCUGGCCGGGCACCACAAGUACCUGAAGACGACCAUCUUCGGCCUCACCAGCUACUGCCCCGACUUUGCCAUGCUGGUGGUGAGCGCCAACACCGGCAUCGCCGGUACGACCCGGGAGCACCUGGGCCUAGCCAUGGCGCUGAAAGUUCCCAUCUUCAUCGUGGUCAGUAAAGUGGACCUGUGCUCUCGCGGCACCGUGGAGAGAACCGUCCGGCAGCUGGAGCGAGUCCUGAAGCAGCCGGGCUGCAACAAGGUGCCGAUGGUGGUGUCCAACCCCGACGACGCCGUGACGGCCGCACAGCAGUUCACUCAGUCUGAAUGCAUCACGCCCAUCUUCACCCUGUCCAGUGUGUCUGGAGAGAGUCUGGACCUCCUGAAGGUUUUCUUGAACAUCCUCCCUCCACUGAGCAACAGCAAGGAGCAGGAGGAGCUGAUGCAGCAGCUCACCGAGUUCCAGGUGGAUGAGAUCUACUCGGUUCCUGAUGUUGGGACUGUGGUGGGAGGAACUCUGUACAGCGGAGUGUGUCGGGAGGGCGAGAGGUUGGUGGUCGGUCCGACUGACGAGGGCCGCUUCCUGCGUCUGAAGGUGGGCAGCAUCCAGAGGAACCGCUCGGCCUGCAGGGUGCUGAGAGCCGGACAGGCUGCCACGCUGGCUCUGGGGAACUUUGACCGCUCGCUGCUGCGCAAGGGUAUGGUGAUGGUCAGUCCCAAGAUGAACCCGACCAUCUGCUGUCAGUUUGAAGCCGCCAUCGUCCUGCUCUUCCACGCUAAGACCUUCCGCCGGGGGUCACAGGUCACCGUGCAUGUGGGCAACGUCAGGCAGACGGCCACUGUGGAGUGCCUUCAUGGGAAGGACGAGCUGCGUACAGGUGAGAGAGCCGUGGUUCGUUUCUGCUUCAUCAAACAUCCCGAGUACCUGCGACUGGGCGCCAAGCUGCUCUUCAGGGAGGGCGUCACCAAAGGCAUCGGGCAUGUCACCCGCCUGCUGCCCGCUUCACAGAACCACGACCAGAACCAGAACCACGACCAGAACCUGCAGGAGCAUUAAAGACCUCCAUCUGACAGAUGUUGAGCUCCGUGAGAACUUUGACUGGUCAGACGUCAUCAGUGCAUCUCUGAUCGGCUUCCCUCUCCCGCCACAUGUCGGCGUAUUAAUCCUCCCGUCCUGGAUCUAUACUUCUGUCCUCGUUCGCUCCUGCUGUGCUGCCAGAGAGUGCAUCAUCAUCAUCAUCUUCCUCCCAGCAGACGUUCGUGUCUUGAGUUAAAGCUGGCUGACCUCAGUGGAUUUAAGACAGACGCUUAAUCUGAUGUUGUGCCACAGUUUGAUUUAAGAGGCUCCUUUUUCUUCGUGCGGCCGUCAUGAGACGACGGCAGGAUUAUUUUUGGGGGGGAUUUGAGGAGGAAUGGUUUUAAAGUGGCACGUCAGACGAGGAGAGGAGAUGUAACACUGGAUCGCUGCUGCACGGGAAGGACUGAACUCUCUGUUUGCUCUCAAACACAACAUCUCCACACACGCUCAAACUAAACCUGGAGAGGGGGAUUAUUUCCAGAAGGAGUUGUAGUUUCUUUUCAACAGUCUGAGGUGUCUUCUCAUCACACAUUUAGGACCAUAAUGGUGAUUUUUGCAUGUUUCAGCCCAUAAACUUCAUAUAUCGCUGUUUUCCACGGAGCACGGUGGGCGUCAUUUUGUCAGUUUGUUAGUUUGUGUGGACAAACAAGAAAUAUGUGCUCUUGAAUCGGCACCAAGUUAAUGUAGAAGUAGGAAAUACAGUUAAAGGGUUAUUUUUAUAAAGCGAAGCAACAUUGAAUGUAACAUUUAUUUUCAUUAUUAAUAAAUCUGUUAAAUAUAUAUUAGCUUAAUCAGUUAAUCAUUUGGUCUAUAGAAUUUCAGAAAAUAGCAAAAAUUGUCCCAAGAUGACAUCUUCAAAUGUCUUGUUUUGUCAGAAAUCUCAAAGAUAUUCAGUUUACAAUAAUCUAAAACAGAGAAAAGCAGCACAUCCUCACAUCGGAGAAAGUUUAACCUGAAACAGAGACCUUGAUAAGUGAUUUAGGAUUAGAUUAUAAAGGUUUUAUGUCAAUUAAUAAUUAACUAAUUGUCUCAGGACUAGUUUCAACAACACAGACUAGACACAGUUUUGUUUUGUUUUGAUUUUGAAGACAAAACACUUAAACAGAUUUCACCGGAUAACAGAUUUGUGGCGUCGAAAUAAAUUCCCCUUUAACUUGUCCGCACGAGUCACUAACUUGCUGCACAAGUUACUAUCUUGUUCCUUCGAGUCACAAACUUGCUGAGUCAAAAUAAAGCCCCCAUUUUUGAUUUUCACUUUGCUUUCAACUUUGGUUAAAUUAGACGCGAGAAUUUGCGCCAACGACCAAUAGAAAUCCAACGUGACAGUGAAAGAAACUGAGAUCUAGACUCCAAAAUGGAGGACGCUGUCAUCUUAGCUGCGUCACACAAUCCAGUUUAAUUUAAAGCUGCUCUGCUGGAGUAUACAGUAAACUGCUAAAAAAGAUGCAGCCAGUGGUACAAGUACGUCUCUUCAGUAAACCUGCAGUAAACCUGCAGUGGCUUGCUAACUGCCAGUUGGAGAGUGGGCUAUUGUGGCUGGCUCGCAUGUUACUUCUGCUCACUUGUGAUUAAUUUGAGAGCAUAAAUGACUUAUUUGUGUGCACAAGUUAAAACAAAAUGACUCUUGACACCUGCAGAGCUCCAAACAGGCCACAAGAGUUCAGACUCAUGUGAUUCGGGGUUAGAAGUCUCUGAGUUGAAUACCGCAAUCUGAAAAAACCCACCUCAUUCUAUUAUGCUCCGUUCUUUUGCACUUUAUUUACUUUUAAUCAUUAUGACGAAUCCCUUCUGUCCAGUCCAGCGUGGCUCUGGAUCACUUACAGACAGAAACCAGUUGAUGUUUCCCCCCUUUUUUUUUUCUCAAUUCAGCCUGGUAUUAAUAACCAGUCCAUAAUAAAUAAUAAACCACAAUUCUGGAGGUUGAUGCAUUGAUGAAAUAUUGGAGGGAGCCGUUCAGAUAAAUGUAUUAUUAAAUAAAACAAUGCAGCUGAACAAUGUUUUUGGACAAAAAGCGUUGGUUUUCUACUUUACAGCCUUACUGUACGUUCACUUUGUUGAGAUUCAUGCCGUCUGUUCAGCUCUUUAGCUCGAGUUGUUUUUGAACUGUUGAAGCCUGUACAUUCAAUAUCUGCAUUUACAAAUGACUGACACUGAAAUAUUUGCAUCUUGGUUUCCAGUUUGUUCUGAUUAUCCGUUCAUGUUUAGAAGGUUUGAUGUACCAGGCAGCUUAUUGCAGCUAAACAUAACCUGCAUGCUCUUUGACUGGCAGAAAAAAAACCUCUUAAUCUUCUCAUUUAAAGUAUAAAAUAAUAUAUCCAGUGUUGAAAUUGUUUUUAAUUUGAUUUUUUCUGAGGUUCUGUGCAAUUGUAAACCUAAAUAUCGAAUGUACUUUCCAUGGAUCCUGUGUAGCAUUUGAAACUGCUUACUGUUCAAAUGGAGUUCUUUGCACUUUGUAUUCUGAUUCUGCAUGUGUGUUGAAGCCAGUGAGCGGAUCCGCAGUGUUGAUCUGCGUCGGCCGAUUCUGCUGAACGAUGACGACGUGGACGCUGAGCUGAGAGGUCAAAGUGUGAGACGACCGUCUGACACAAAACAGCUGAAACUUUAAUAAAGAGUGGAUUUAUCAGUUUGUUUUUCCUGACUGUCCUUCUAAUAAAUAAACGGUUGAAACAACA